AUGCCGUCACAAGAGGGUUACCUAAUCCCACUCGGGAGCUUUGUCCACCCCGGGACUGACUACUCAUACUGCCUUAAGACCAACUCCUUUGCAUCCUCUGUGCCCCUCUCCCCCUUUUGUAUUCUGGGCGUCUUAGCGGUGCUGCUCAUUGUCCUCGAUGAGUGGCCGCCUGUUCGCUAUACGCCAACCGUUGGAUUGGUCGACCGUCCCAUCCGUCAGCCGUUGUGA